AACGCCUCGUAUAUGUGUACCAUGCAUGAGACACACAUACACACACAGCGACAGCAGCGCGGGCGCGGCCCACGCCCCACUCUUCAUCUAACCAGCAACGCAUACGUACAUAUAGUACUUACCUACCAUGUAGUUUUUUUAUUACUCAUUAAAAGUGUAAAAUUUUGGAAGCUCCUGCAUUAUUUCUCCACCUAAGUCCACCGCCCGUAUCUGGAAGUCGCUCCUGCUUCUUUCAUUUUGGUCUUCGAGCCGGAUACAAAAGAACCUUUAAUCGACACGUCGAUCACAAGAACAAAGGAUCGCGCUAACGAGACGGACCGUUACGUGGACAUUUUGAGAAAAGGAGUUACAUUUCAACUGCGUAUCUACACGUUAAGGAGCAGAAGAUUUCAUCGUUCCAAGGGGAUUGCCAUUAACUGGAAAUAAAGAAAGAAAUCACGGCCACUAUAGGAGUAAAGUGAAAGUGAGAAGUGAGAACCUGGGGAGUCGUGUCAAUGUGAGUUUGUUCCGAUACUUUCCCUUUUACGAAAAUCCCUCCUUAUACCUACCUAAGUGUUUACGCACCUGUGCAUUCCUAUACUUAUUUUUAUUUCGCACCUUAAACGCGAAUUCUUACCUAUCAUAUUGAAUCAUUAAUUUCAUAACGUCAUUACGUAUAACAUACCUAUGUUAAUUAGUACCUUAAACGUUAAUUAACUAAAUCAGUUCUUUAAACAAUUUCAUUACAUACCUACUUACCAAGCUACUUUAAAUUCUUAUGCUACCUAAUUGCCCGUGUUAUUCGCACAGUUUAGAAACGCUAAAUAAUACCUAGUCGUAAAUAUUUGCCUAUUAUAUUUAGUUAAUCGGUAGUCAGUAAAGAGCAUAGUUAAUCUUAUUUACUUACUCGUUUCUUAAAUAAAUCCUACAACUAAAUCAUAUUUUCCCAUUGUGUAAUCUUGAGUCGUAUAGCAAUAAAUAAAACCCCAUAGAUCUGUACUUACGGUGUUUAGCCUAAAAUAGCUGAAGUGUUAAUCGCAACAUUUUUGUGCAUAUUCCAGCUGAUGCAUUUCGCCGCGCGCUGCGGAUCUUGACCUUGGAUGCGCUCGGCGCCCGGCAACUGCUACCGGCCUUAUCUCUACUUGCUACUUAGCUAUUUUAGCACUUCGCUCGCCUAACUGCACUCUCAUUACGCUUCCUCAUAAACAACAUUUAAGUAUCCCAAUCAUUUGUUUAUUAUUUGCUAGUGAUUUUUGCUUAACUUUUUUCGAUUACAGCAUUACAAUAAUCUUUAUGAGCAGUAUGCUGAGCGUGAAACCUUUGAGUCGAGAUAUUUCGGUGCAGUUGCGCUCGCUCGAGAGGUAUUGGCGAGGAGCGGGAACUCGGCGGGUCCCGCGCUGGAGUCCAGAGCUCCAAAAACGUCACAAAUGGACCAAAGAUGGAGGACAACUCAAAUUAGGAGAAAUGGUGCUUGUCAAGGACGACCGACUGCCUCCAAAGCAAUGGUUACUGGGUCGAGUAACACAACUUUAUCCCGGCACUGAUGGAAUAUCCCGAGUGGCCGAUGUACUCACCAUGUCUGGAACUGUCCGGCGCGCCUUCAAUCGCCUAUGCCCAUUGCCAGUAGAAGACAAGAGCUCGGUUCCUGGGGGCCAAUAUGUUAACGCCUCGUAUAUGUGUACCAUGCAUGAGACACACAUACACACACAGCGACAGCAGCGCGGGCGCGGCCCACGCCCCACUCUUCAUCUAACCAGCAACGCAUACGUACAUAUAGUACUUACCUACCAUGUAGUUUUUUAUUACUCAUUAAAAGUGUAAAAUUUUGGAA